AUGUCUGGACUUCGUCGUUCAACUAGGGCAGGCUCAAAAUCAAAGGAAGAACAGGAUAAUGGAACAAGAAGUGAUGAUUCGGUGACUGAGCACAUCAAGGAAGACCAAAGAGCUACAUUGGCAGUAACUUACGAAGACGAUAUAUUUGAUUCUGACUCGUCCAGUGAAGAGGAUAAUGACGCUGAUGAUGAUGACUAUGUUGACCCCUCAGUGUCAAGAAAAAGAAAGGGCACUUCUCAGAGGAAAGGAGGUCGCAAGAGGAAAAGUCCUGCAAAGACUGGUAAGAAAUCGGCCAUGUCAAACAAUACUAGUGGUAGAGCCCAUGUAUCUGGCAGCAAGAAGGAUCAAGAGAAGUAUUUAGAAAUUAUUAAAGACUUCGAACCUAUUGAAUUAUUCAAUGCCUUAUCUGUAUCGGAGGAUGUUUCCAUUGACGAGUUGCUUAGAGAUUGGCUGGACACCUACCAAGAAGAUAGAGAUCAGUUUCUUGCAGAAUUCAUUAAUUUGUUACUAAAUUGUUGCGGUGCUGUGGCAAAAGUAGAAAAGCAUGACGUUCAUAGUAAUGACUCCUCGAAUGAGACAAUAGGUGAGAUUCAAUUGUUAUUUCAAAGACAGAAACUUCAUGAAUUUCAUCUAUUGAUCAGUAAAACGAACAAAAAGACCGCAAGCUAUAGGCCACUGUACCAAAAUUUUGUCGAAUUUAUGUCAAAAUUGCUAGAGAUUGCCGAUGAUUUACAGUUACUUUAUGUUGAAACGGGUAAUAAUGUCAAAGAAAAUAGCGAUAAUGAGGAUGAAGUGAACUCAGAAAUUACUAUGAGUCCAUUAAUCUUAGAUUUGUUGACCUGGUUAUCAUCCUUUUCUGUUUCCAAAAUUAGAUGUUUCAGAUAUGUGUCCACCUUGACACUCUACUUAUUCCAAGAUUUCUUAUCUGAACAUAUUGUUAAUCUAGAUAAGAAUUAUUUAUCCAAAUUCACCAGGCAAUUAAAUCUAGAAAAAAAGAAGAAAAGACCAAAUAAGAAAACAAUAGCCCAAUUUGAAAAUAAUAUUCUUGAAAUUCAAAGUAAUAGGGCUGUGAUAGAAAAUAUCGUGGAUAACAUAAUAAAACUUUGUUUUAUUCAUAGAUUCAAAGAUGUAGAUGAAUCGAUAAGAUCAGAAUCAAUGCUCCACUUAUCUAUCUGGAUCGAUAAUGAUCCCGAAUAUUUUAUGAAAGUCACCUUCUUGAAAUAUUUUGGUUGGUUAUUAAGCGAUUCUUCGUCUACUGUCAGAUUACAGGUACUCAAAAUCUUGCCUGAUGUUAUCAAGAAGUCAAAAACUGAAUCAGCAACGGAUAAUUCUGCAAUUAGACAAUUUUUUGAAAGGUUUAAGCAAAGAAUUUUAGAAAUUUCCCUGAAAGAUGUUGACUUAGAAGUGCGAUUGAAUGCUGUUAAUAUUUUAGUUGAAAUUUCCUCGCUGGGAUAUUUAGAUAAUGCCGAAAUCUUGGUUAUCUCUAGUUUAAUAUUUGCCAAUGAUGAAAUUAAAGUAACAUCACACAGCAAAAACUCAAGAUUUUUGUCAUCGGCAGCAAAGUUCUUGGCGAGGGUCGUCAAUGAACAAUGUAAUGAUUUUAUUAGAAAUAAUGAAGUCGACGAAAAUUUGUCCAAAAUUGAAACUUCGUCAAUUAUCAAAAUUGGAACUUUCAUUCGCUUUUUAAGUAAUUCGUUGUUGUACUAUUUGCAAGAUAAAAACGAAGAAGAAAUCACCCCUAGAAUGAAAAUUCACAUUCUUUUCCAGGCUGCAGAGUUUUUAUAUCCAUAUUUUGGUUCACAAAUAGAAAAUAUUUCACUCUUAUUGACAGAUGAUAAUGAAUUCACAAAUGUAUUUAACAUGUUGUCACAGAUUUCAAAGGAAAAUGAACAGACAAUGGAACUCGAUGAAGAGGUGUUUGAUACAUCGUUGCUACUACCAACAGAUGAUAAUAAUACUAUAUUUUAUGUCACUGUCUUGAACGGUUUAUGUCAUGGAGGAAUAUCCAUCAAGGCCCAAAUUGUGAGUCAGUCUGUGAUACCAUAUUUGGGUAAGCUAUUGAAUAAUUUACCAAUACAAUCGAGCGACGUUUUGUCUCCCAUAUUAGAAAUUUUUAAUCUUUUUAGUUACGAUGAUUGGAUUCAGGUUGGUCACGAAAAGGAAAUAUACAGCAUUAAUCAUAUUCUUGCGAAAGUUUUCAUGGAAACAGGAAUUGAUGUGGAAAACAAUUAUACUGAGGACAUCAAAGUAUUGACUCUAACCCAAACUCUUACCCAUUUGAAAAAUUUCAAACUUAAAGAUAUUGAUGAACUAUGGAUUAACCAGAUCACUUUAUUGAAGAUGCAAUUUGAGAAAUUUUUGGAUGAAAAUGUCAUGAAUGAUGAUGAAGAUGCUAUUGAAAAGUAUUACAACACUGCCUAUUCAUUCUAUAUCAAUAAGUUAGUAUUAUUGGGCAAGGAAUAUUCAAUUGAAUUUGGCUCAGAGCUGCUGGUUGCCUUUUUGAAGAAAUUCAUAUUUACAAUUUCAAGAAAUUUUGAGAUGAUGAAGUCAGAAUCAAUAAACAUAAUGAAUUUCAAGUUACCGGUAAUCUUGGUUACAUGGCAGUUGCAGAAAUGGAAGAAUAUUUUCUCAACAACUACUAAUAGCGGAAUAAGUGAGAAUAACUUAAAAAGUUUUGAGAAUACUUUAAAAUAUGUCUCAGUUAUAUUGGAUCAGUUAAACAAGUUACUAAUUGAAUUGUGUGACAAAGAAUCAAAUGUCAAAUUCAUUGAUUUAUGUCAUUUGAAAUGGUUGUUGUCCACAUCGGUUAUUGACAUUGCUGUCUCUAUGAGGUAUUUUGAGCUGCAAAUACCUCAAGAAAAUGGAGUAGCCUGGAAGGAUUCCAUGACUGAAAAGUUUCCUUAUUACCUUCAUGACAAAUCUGUGGAAGUACUUUUGCAAGUUUUCCUCUAUUUAGAGAGUUUGGUUGCAAGUAAAAAUGAUGCAAUUACCUUGGAUAAAUUUGCGGAAGAAGAUGUUAAUUUGAACGAUUUAUCAAACGAUAAUUUCUUCGAAGACAACGAAAAGCAACUGUUACUUUAUACAAUCAAAUUGAAGGGCUUAAUAAGGUUAGGAAUUAUUACAAAUGCUGCUUUCGUCAACAGAAUGUCAUUGAAUAAGGACAAACUGGGCGAUCUUUACGAAAAGAUUGUGGACGAUACAAUAUUCGAAGACCAUGAUGCUAAUAAGAAAAAAGAGAAACCAAUUCAUCAAGAUAAACUGGAACAGUCACCUGAGCCAAUUGAUACCAUUGAUAUUAACGAAGAGCGACCAAUAAGUAAGGCCACUCAGGACUCUGUCGAGCCAAUGGAAGAUAGUUCACAGAUUUCCAGCCAAGAUAGCAACGUGCAACCCUUAAGCAGUACACAAGGUCCAAAGGGGCUUGAGCCUAUUCAAGAAACAUCACAGGAAGUUAAAGAGACACCAAGUGAGGUUUUCUCCUCUAUGGAGGUAGGACCUAUUGAGAACGACUCGGAAAUAUAG